AUGACCACCGAGCCCUUGGGAGAGGCCAAAGGUGCCAGCAACAGCCCAUAUGGCACUCCAGAGGCCUCCUUGGGCAGUGUGGCAGAUAAGCCGUCUCUGGAGAACGUGGCAGGAGAGUCACAAAGCCAGGCAAGUGGCACCUUGACAGAGGAUGGGAGUCAGGCCUUGGUCCAGCUAGUCACCCCGGAGCCUAUGUCGGCAUCGAAGCAUGUCCCAGUGGACAGCACGGAAUCUAAGGAGAUUACAUCUAUGGUCCUCCACCAAGCCCCGGGUGCUCUGCAAACGUCCACAAGCUUCCAGAACCCACCGUUACUAAAGCUGGUUAACGAUGCCAAGAAGCAUUACAGUCAGCUGAGUUUGCAACAAUAUUCUCUGGUGAAGGAAGAGAGAUCCCUGAGCCAAAGGCCACUGGAGUUAGCACCCCCUUCCCCAAAUGUGGGCUCACAACCUGAGGAGAACACUGCUGGUCAACCCGCUCUAGACGCCACUGCCUUGAAUCCUACUGCCCAGCACAUUGUAGAUGCCCACGGUCAGCCUGCCACAGAGCAACCUGGGGGCCUAGAGACCUUGAGCCUUGAGGACAGUUUUGAGGACAGCCCUGAGGAGCCACAGGUUUGGUCCUUCUCAUCAGCCUCAGGCAGUAGUGCACCCCCAUCACCUGCCCCACGCCCGGUGGCCCUGGGGAGGAGGCUCCUGGACCCCAACCUAUACAUGGCCGACGAGGAGAACAACUACAUGCGGUCCAUGACCAGCUUGCUGGGCGGGGGCGAGGGCUCCAUCAGCUCCCUGGCAGACAUUCUGGUGUGGUCUGAAACCACCAUAGAGAUGGCCACGGGCUUCCUGGGCACCGGCCACAGCUCCGUGACGGACCUGCUGCAGGGCACGGGGCCCAGCCUUCGCUCAGCUUCCAGCAUCCUGGGCAGUGCCAGCUCAGCCUUCUCCUCUGGGCUGACAGCAGGCACGGGCUCCGCCCUACGCUCUCUCACCCACAUGCUGGAGACUUUUGAACGGCGGACCAUCGAGGGCAUCCGCUCAGCCGUGCGCUUCCUGACCAGCCACCUCACCCCACACCGGGACUCGGAUGGCCCCAACUGUGACUAG